AUCGACUACCGGGUAUGAACUUUGCACAUCACUGCAGUUAUAGCCCUGAUCCUAAAUACCCUGGUAUCUACGAGUGUGCCACAAUUGGUGGUGCAAUACGGGAUUGUCAAAAGCGUGGAAAGAAAGUGUUGAUAUCUCUUGGCGGYGACACAUGCGAUGGAACACUUGGUAGCGCAGCAAAUGCAAGGUUUCUUGCAAAAAAUAUCUGGCAUAUGUUCCUCGGAGGACAAAAAAUGCCAAACAAGCGACCAUUUCUUCAUACUGUUCUUGAUGGUGUUGAUCUCGAUAUCGAGAUAGGAAGCUACAAGUACUACCCUGACUUUGUGAGGGARCUGCGUGGAUUGAUGAGAACCGACAAUAGUAGACAGUACUUGUUAACGGCUGCUCCCCAGUGCCCAUAUCCUGACAAAUGGAUGGGUCCUGAGAAUCCAGGAACAGCACUAAAAGAGGUUGGCCAUGAAUUUGACUACCUAUUCAUUCAGUUCUACAAUAACUACUGCUAUCCGGGAAGUUCAUAUUAUGUAUCUGUGAUGGAAACAUGGUUGAGGUGGACCAACAGUAUCAAMAAUGGGCCUUUGAUUUUACUUGGAUUGCCUUCCGGCGUGGGAGCUGCUGGCAAACCUGAAUAUUAUUUCCCUCCUGAUCAGCUAGCUGUUGCAUUCAAGAAAAUCCGCGAUAAACCCGGAGUAGGUGGAAUCAUGUUUUGGGAGUGUUCCUGGGACCAAAAUAACAUCAUCAAUGGGAAACASUACAGCGAGUAUGCAUUCCAACUURUCAGCGGUGGUUCAAUAACUCCCCCAACACAAUCACCUACCACCAAGCCUCCUCAAACACAAGCACCAAUAACAACUCCUCCUCCUACUCAAGCACCAGYAACAACCCAAGCUCCUCUGCCAACGACUUCUUCCCCAUCUGGACAAGUGGACUGUAAAUCUAUGCCUGAUGGCUAUUAUCCACAUCCCACCGCCUGCAACAAAUUCAUCAUUUGUGUAUCAAAGGUGGCUUACAUUAAGACAUGCCCACCUGGCCUGAACUACAACAAGGGAAAAAAGUACUGUGACUGGCCACAAAACGUGCAAUGCUAAACUUUAGUCAUGGAAUGCACAGUCAAAGCAAAUAAAAAUUCAAAUURAUAACCACCAUAUACUUAUUUAAUAGAAAGUAAUAGUGGGAAUAAAUAUGUUUUAAUAAAUGCACCUAAUGAAAAGAAAAUCGGGUUUAACAGGAAUAAAGCCGAUGACCUCUGURAUAUAAGUGCAGUGCUCUACUAACUAACUGCUGUGAAGCCAAAUAUGUUGGGUAAACGCAUCGAACGAUUUAAAUAACGCGUUUUUAUAACUAUGAUAUAUGAGAAAAAUAGUAUGU